UUAACUACGGACCCAACACUAAAUUAUCAACCGUUUCCUAACCACAGUACAUAUUUCGUACAUCGUUGAUUUUAUUUCUAGGGUUACCGUUGGGACUGCCCCACGUACGGAGGCUCUCUCCCUUCGUCAAUGUCAUUCCGAUGAAUCCUUUCCAACUCCCCACGGCGACAUGCGACGGUUGCGGCGUCACUCCAACCACCCCUCUCUUCAUGCACACCAUCAGCUAUAGAGCCAUCAACCGUCGCUUCUGCACUAACUGCGUUCUCAAACAACAACAAGGCACUUUCUGCCCUAUCUGCUUUGAACUCUUCGACGAUUCCAUUAUCCCUAAUCUUCGCCUCAUGUGUAUCCGUUGUCCUUCCAUCGCUCACAGAUCGUGUGUUCUUCCUUCCUCCACGCCUGAUUUCGCUUUCCUCUGUCCUCCUUGCGCCGAUCCUAAUUUCUCUUACUUCAAAAUCGAUCGGAGAACUAUCGAUUUUCAUGCUACUAAGGUUCUCGCCGCUGCUGCUCAGAUUUCCGCCAAUACUUUGAGCAGAGCGGCCACUGCGAUUCGAUUGGAUGCUGAGAGGCGUGCUAUGGUAGCCGUCGGAGCUAGGAAGAGAGCCAUUGAGGCUCUGGAACACUUUGCCGAUGUUGUAGCUAAGGAGCAAGAGGCUUCAACUGAAGAAGAGGACGAUUCUGGUACUGAGAAUUCUGGCUCUGAAUCAUCAGAUUAGUGUGUUUUGGUCUUUGCCAUGGAAACUAGUCAUGGAAUUUAGGCUGUUGAGUUGGUUUAUCUUGUUGUGAAUCAUAUGUUCUGCUUAAGUACUGAUCUGAUUCUGAUAGUUUUUUUAUUAGGACUAGUUGUUUAGGUUGGUUAAGAUUUGAUUGCAUUAUUCAAAUGUUGAUGGGUUGUUUACUUUGUGAAAACAUUUCUUGUUUUCAUUUCCUAAAAUGUGUAUUCAUUUUCCUUUAUGAGAGACUUCUAGUAAACAUUUGUCAUAGAGAUGAGAUGAAAUGCUAGUUAAUGAAGGUGCAUUUCUGGAAAUAAUGGUAACAAUUUUUUUUGACAUUUUCACUGUUUCCAUUAAUUUAGACAAAUGUUCACUUCAAAAGUCUGUUACCUCUUUAUUAACGAGUAAAGUUAACUCAAGUUUUAAUAAAUGAAAACAGAAAAUGUUUUCACAAAGUAAACGACCCAUAGUUUCUUAUGAAAAUACAGUUAUUUUUUUGUAAGACUAGUUGAUCAGGUUGAUUGAAUCAUUCAUGUAUUGGAGCUUCUUAUGAAAAAGAACUGUUAUUUUUUGUCUUCCUUGUUCAAAUGAAGUCAUUUCAUGCCA